AUGGAGGGUUAUUUGGCUGCAGACCGGUACUCCAAGUAUGUGGAGAGACUGGACCCCAUGGAUGCAGCCAUGGUACGCUCUGUGUCCGCAGUUGAAAAGGAUUGGUCUGGGCAAAUCGUGCUGUAUCACACCACCAGUCCCUACAUCUUCUUCUUGGCCUGGCUGCUGAACGGGCUGCUGCAUGAACGCCCUGUGGCAUAUGACCUGCGGCAGCCGACAUCUGACACCGGCUAUGCCAUGGUGAAUGUGACGUUUCGUGCCGUGAAAGCCUCUGCCCAAUUCCCCAGCACUCCCCCGUCCAAUUUUCAGCUUGAUAAUAAGUACGCAGCUGGCUUCAGCGAAGCUAACCUUAGCGCCCAUCACAUUGCGAACGUCACAGAUUUCCUACAUCGGGCACAAGACCUGGGAGCCUUGUCCUCAAUGACGUUCGAUCACUUGGUGGGCGUGCGCGAGCGACUUCUCUCCACGAACCCGAACCUCUUUGGAAACUGCGAUUAUUCACCGGGAGAGUGUAGCUGGGAUGGGCGCCUCACCUGGACCAGCUGGGCACCGAAUUUUGGUGCCGCGAGCAACUUCUUGGAUUCUCGGAUGGGUGAGAUCUUCGAGCUCAUGAGCUCGGCUUCAGACGUGCAAAGGAAGGCUGAAGCCCAGCUUGAUGUGGUGGGCUGCGUACUUGCAUCCCAGCAGGCUGUAAAGUCACACCAGAAUUGCUCACAGGUCUUGGCUGAGGCCCACCGACACUUCACGAGCUCAUUGGCUGAGAGUAUACAAUCGGUGGCCAGUAACAAGAACGACAAGAAGUGCUUCAAUCGCUGGCUAAGCUGGGAUGAUAUGGCAGGCGACGUGCCUACGAGUUGCUCCAGAGCCAUGCUACUGCAGAUGCGUUUGGACCCAAACACAGCAGCACAAUGGGCAUACCUCUCCAGAAAAUUUGGAUUGCCUUUGAAGGGCCCGGGAGCGCCGGGCGACUUCGUGAAAGACUACACAAGUAUAAAAAACACCGUGGAAGGAGAUUCCAUACAGGCUAGGGUUCUACUCUCACGCAGCUUCAUGGAAAGCGAUCUGCAGAUCGCGAUCCACCAUCCCAUGAUCUCCGAUGCCAGUCUGAUGGAAGUGGUGGCGGCAAUGGCCAACGAGAUUCGGCAGCUGUUGAGCACAGGAGAGCUGAGGACUCUCUGA